CUACUAAUAAUUGUAAAUAAAAUAUGGUAUUUUAGUAGUUGCAAUGCCACGGAUAGAUCAGGAUGUUAAAUUAGACUUCAAAGAUGUACUUAUCAGGCCGAAAAGAAGUACUCUGAAAUCCAGAUCAGAUGUGGAUCUAAAUAGAACAUACCCUUUCCGGAACUCUAAAAAAGAAUAUACUGGUGUCCCGAUUAUGGCAGCCAACAUGGACACGGUCGGCACUUUCAACAUGGCUAAUGCGUUGGGAAAGUUUGAUAUGUUCACCUGCAUGCACAAACAUUACACGCUGCAAGACUGGGAACAGUUUGACAAGACUGCAACUGAUGAAAUGUAUGAGAAAAUAGCUAUCAGUGGUGGAACUGGAGAUUUAGAGAGAUUAACCGAGAUUAUACAUUAUAUCACUAGAAUUAAGUACAUUUGCUUGGAUGUAGCAAAUGGAUACUCGGAACAUUUCAUCCAUUUUGUGGAAAAAGUGAGACGGCACUUUCCUGAACACACGAUAAUUGCGGGAAAUGUGGUCACCCCUGAAAUUGUUGAAGAGCUCAUUCUGAAAGGGGCUGAUAUUGUGAAGGUUGGAAUUGGCCCGGGUUCGGUGUGUACUACCCGUGUGAAGACAGGAAUAGGGUACCCUCAGUUGAGUGCAGUGAUGGAAUGUGCGGAUGCGGCACAUGGACUGGGGGGUCAUAUCAUCAGUGACGGGGGUUGUACCUGUCCUGGAGAUGUAGCCAAGGCGUUCGGAGCUGGCGCCGAUUUUGUCAUGCUAGGUGGAAUGUUGGCUGGUCACGACCAGUCGGACGGUGAACUAAUAGAGAGAAACGGUCAGAAGUUGAAGGAGUUCUAUGGUAUGUCAUCAAAGACGGCCAUGGAGAAACACGUUGGAGGUGUUGCCGAGUACAGGGCCUCAGAGGGGAAAGCUGUUACAGUACCCUACAAAGGAGAUGUCGUGGUGACGUGUAGGGACAUCCUUGGCGGAGUGAGGUCCACUUGCACCUAUGUCGGAGCUUCCAAAUUGAAGGAGCUGUCCAAACGAACAACCUUCAUUCGUGUCACUCAACAAGAGAACAGAGUUUUCUCUUCUUGACCUUCAGGAAUAAUUACUUGGGACCAAACUCGUAUUAACUGUUGUUUUGUGUUUUCUUUCAUUGGAUGUUUCUAAUUUGAAGCAUUUUUUGAGAAUAAACUAUGCAGCUGAGCUGCGCUGACUUAAAUGCUUUAUACGAGUGGUUUGUUUUAUGCUUUGCUUUUCAAUGCGAAACCGAAUUUUAAUUUUAAAUUGACGUUGAAACCUUGA